AUGCGUAUUUUCAAGAAUUCUCGACCAACGAUGGGACAGGUCUUCACGAGGAAACUCACGUACCUGGUGACAUUGUUCAUGGUCAUUUCUCUGGCGAUAUAUGGGUACAGCGAACAGUUUGCCAGAGGUGCUGUUCCUGAGAUUGACUACCCCGUCCUGAUCCCUCGCUCUGAGAGCCCAUCCGUUAGUUGGGAACAGAUAGUUCCGUCCUCGCAUCUGGUUUACCACCCCUGUUUCGAGGACUAUCAAUGCGCACGUCUGGAGCUUCCCAUGGAUUGGAAACGCACCGAUGGGAAAGGUUCCAAGAUCGCACUGGCAGUGAUCAGGCUGCCCGCCAAAGUGCCCGUGACUGAUGCGCGAUACGGCGGUCCAGUUAUUAUAAACCCAGGUGGGCCAGGUGGUUCGGGAGUGAGCUAUGUCCUUACGGAUGGGAAGCAGAUCCAAGGGAUCGUUGAUUCCGAGGGAUCAGCAAACAUGGGGGUUGGGAAGCAUACGGCAGCCCCCGGGAAGUAUUUUGAUAUCAUGAGUUUCGACACAAGAGGGACCAACAAUACAACGCCGCCGUUUUCCUGCUUUCAAGACUCGGCGACCAGAAAGGAGUUCCUGUCGCAGCAAGACGCCGAAGGUAUGCCCGGGAGCUCCGACCUGGCAUUUGAUAAUUUCUGGGCACGAUCUGCGUCAGUCGGCAUCACCUGCUCUCAGGCUGCCGAGGAGAGCAACUUAAAGGGUGAAGAGUGGAUCGGCCACCAUAUGAACACGCCCCCUUCGGUGGCGGAUAUGGUGGCGCUUAUCGAGCGUCACGGAGAAUGGCGGGAGAAAGAAACCAAAGCACUCCUGCAGCCCACCCAUCAAAAGUCCGAUGUCAAUGCAAUCCGACUGCGGAAUCGCUGGAAGAGAGGCAAGGAGAAGCUUCUCUACUGGGGCAUAUCCUAUGGAUCCCUUCUCGGCAUGACUUUCGCAACCAUGCACCCCGGCCGGGUUCAACGCGUUGUACUGGACGGCGUGCUGGAUGCCUCAGACUAUUAUGCCGGCGGUUGGCUCACGAGCAUUCAGGACGCAGACCAGGCGUUUGAAUCGUUCUUUGAAUACUGCCAUGAGGCGGGACCGGCGCAGUGUGCCCUUGCGCAUGGCGAUAGUUUGGUGGAUAUGAAACUCCGCGUAGACGAAUUGGUUGAGAAGCUGAAAACGAACCCCGUGCCAGUCCCAGGGUCGGCGACUCGUCCUCCAGAUAUCAUCACCUAUACCGACGUCAAGACGACGAUAACGAGUGCGCUCUAUCAGCCCAUGGAACUGUUUGAGACUCUGGCGCAGCUCCUGGCUGAUCUCUCGCGCAAUAACGGUUCGUCUUUUGCGGACUUCAAGUAUCAAGGAGCAGCAGCGACCUGUCAAGGGCCGGACCAGCUAGCUAUAGUCGCAGGAGACAAUAUGUUCGAAGCGCAGGGGAGCAUCAUCUGUACAGAUGGAAGGAGUAUCGACGGGAUUAGCAAAGACAAGUAUCGACAAUACUGGAAGACUCUUUACGAACAGAGUAAAACCAUUGGGGAUGAAUGGUCUCAGAUCCGCCUGGCAUGCAUCAAAUGGAAACCGCGACCAACAUGGGAAUUUAAUGGUCCGGUCGCCGGCCACACCUCGUAUCCGCUUCUAUUCAUCGGAAACACUUAUGACCCUGUGACACCUCUCCGGAAUGCCGUGAAAAUGGCCCGAAGCUUCCCCAGGUCUGUUGUCUUGCAGCAGAACUCCGUGGGUCAUUGCUCGUACACUGGCCCUUCAUCAUGCACAGAUCAAUCGAUUCGUCGAUAUUUCCAGAGCGGCGUUCUCCCUCGGCGUGGAACCAUUUGCGAAGUGGACAAGCGGCCGUUCGGACUUCCUCCAGCAGUGAAGAAUUAAAGAGCGAGAGAGAGCUAGAUAUAUCUCUAUAUGCUUAGUAUUAAGGAAACCGUGAUCGGGGCAUGGGAUAGAUGUCUAUAGAAAGAAGGCUUUAUCCGCCACGCCGGCGGGAUACAAAUAGAGAAAAGAGAAUCAAC